AUGGCCCGGGUCGUAAGAAGGGCUAUGGCAGCUUCGGCUCGGCGCGCGCCCACUCGCGCUGUCCAGAGGCGAGCUCGCAAGCAUAAGGUGAUCAUGGAGACGGUCACUCAAGAGAAGAAAAAGCUGCGGAGCGUGAUCUGUUUCGAAGCUCAGGCGCCGACUGGGUAUACAUUCAUCCCAGCGGGCAACCCGCUCCUGACCACCUCGUGCAAGGAGCGGUGUCGAAAAGAUGGACUUCAAGUCUACGCGGUCUCGACAACACCUCAUAUGGGUACACAUAACCUUUCGCAACAUGUCCAUAGGAUAGGGUAUCAUUUCCCAAGCACAGUUGUCGCGGCGGCUUGCUCAGAGCUGGGUCUAUACCUUACGAGUGCCGGGAAAGCAGUGCCCUUCCACACACUUGGCACUCUACAAGAGAGUCCCCCAUCGAACUCCGAGGUUGACCAGAUUACAAUCAACACCGAGGCAAGAGAUGCAAUCAGAGACUUGUUUCCCAACAUUCCCGACAACGAUCUGAAUCAAAUUAUCAAGACGGCUUUUCAAAAGGGUCAACGGAAAGUCGGCACCGCAUCCGAGUUGCCUUUGGCUCGCAGAGCACAACUGGCAGUAGUGGCGCACAUUCGUCACCUCUACACUGAUUAUGAUCGCCUUUUGAAACAGAAAUCAUUUCAUGAAGCUAGAUCGGACGUGGAGCAAGUGACAUUGGCCAAAGUCAUUGCAUGGCGUGGAGAUGAUGAAAAUGGACAGACAGCUCUGGAGGAUGUCUUCCGCGAGGUUAUCGUUAUAUCCGACGAUGAUGAUGACAGUGAAACAGAAGAAGAAGGGCUUGUACCAGCAGGCUCUAGGGAUCGCAGCGUGGAGAUUUUCUCUAAAAAUGGCGGGACCCAUGAGAUCCAAACUCAACCGAUCAGCACCGUGCAUGUUACAACCCAGGAUCCAUUGCGAGAGCAAUCUGAGGAAGCCGCGUCUGGAUUCCGGAUUGUCACCAGGGUGCCCGCCCAGAAUGCCAUCAACCGACGUGGAUUCAACAGAUAUCAAGCCUGGAAUCGCGCACUGAAUAGGUAUCGAGCCGAAGCCAAUUCUACUGUACAGGCUCCAAUUGGGGGUGCCACCUCCAGUGACAAGCAGAGUCCACGGUAUGGGAAACGCCCUGUUGUUGUCCAGGAUAUGCCAGAUCCUCCUAGACGUCGAGACAUCACAAUCCCCUCCAUGGAGACUGUUCCCAAAAUUUUGUCACGCCCUGUCUACGUUGACAAUUCAGGGCAGCGGUCGCUUGCCAUCCCAGCAACGGGUCCUCCAUCCGGGAAGAGCCAUGUAGGUCCUCAAGAAAGACGUCCGCUUCUGGAACCCCAGCCGGUGAUUGCCCAGUAUGAAUCCAGUGGGCGACCACUUCUACCACCACUAACCACACAGAAACCACAUGAAUCUCGUCAUUUGGGUGCGAGAAGCUACCACACUGCUAAUCCUGGCUACUCCCAGGGUAUGUCCUACCCGAACACAAGUUCCCAUACUCGUUUGGAGAGGAUUCCCUUAUCACUCAAUGAAGCAGACGCGCCCGUGUUUGUGAGCGGGCCGCAGGAGCUUCACUCAAAUAGGGAGAGCCUGUUUGGACCCCGGCCUGAUCUUGCCGGUCCUCUUCAUCCCAGGACUGGACCAAGUCGUGAGGAUCCAAUACCUUCAAUUGAACUGAUGGAGCCUCCUGGCCUCGCCGAUAAGCGCUGGGCCGAUGGCCGCUUAGUACACAUGACCAACAGGAUGUCGCUUCGUUCCGUAACUCCAGGCCAUUCCAAGGGUGAGACCUCGCGGCAUGCCCAUGCUGUGGCCCCAGGCAGCUCAGAGGAUCAAAACUGCAAGAGGAGACGACUUUCGCACCAUGCUGCGGGCGCUGUAAACCCACGCCUCAAUGACUGGAACCCAAGACCUAUUGGAAAUCCAAUUCCGGAGGAACCGCGAAGGCUAUACCGCCGUGAUGAGAUUAUCCAGCCAGAGCCUCAUUUGCAGGAUAGGACCUAUCUCCGUCGUGAUUUUCCCCCACCUGCAGAACAACCUCUAGCUAUAGGACACCCACGGCAGAGAAAUCCCGCCCCUUUGGUUCCAUCUCAGGUCAGCUUGAGUGCCAGGCCCCCUCUAGAUCGGACGCGUAUGGCCGAGCCCUAUAGGCCAGUUUCCAUUCAUACACAGACAAGCCUUCCUGGUUACAACGGCAUUAUUCCCUCUAGUGAUCGCACCAUUGGGCCACCAGCAGGUGUUUCUUACGCGGAUGUCCGUCCUGCUUACUAUGGUGAUCGUAGUCCCCAUUUGGACCGUGCGCGGCCUACCACGCUCGAAGAACAACGAGCGCCUCUUUGGAGAUCUCGUACUGAUGCCGAUCACACCGUGGUCCAUUCUGCUCCCUCCAACGGGAAGCUGUACGCCGAUGACUUUGUUCGUCACGUUGAUUACCGAGAGGCUCGCCCCGUGCCAGUGGAAUACUAUCUCCCGCGGUCGAGACAUCAACCACUCCCGCAUGUGGAAGAGGAUCGUGGCCAACCGGCACGAACAAGGAUUUCUGACCUUCAUGCCCCUCAAGAUCUUUCUCACCUUCAGGGCCCGACAGAAACCCGUCAUCCUCGAAGUCCACGGGUGGCAUUAGCUUCUCACGACCAGGGCCCUCGUCAUCCCAACGCCGGGUCCAGCCCGCGUGAACUUCAUAGUAAACCCAGCGGUGCUUCUCGUGACAGACGCCCAGGUAGUGGGCUUGGCGCGCCGCGACGCAUCCAUGACCCGCGGUCGUUUCAAAUGGUCGAGCAAAAUCGCCCCAUCUAUGUGCAACGAGUCGAGUCGCAGCCACCGUCGCACUAUCCCGUCCCGGAUGGACGGCCCAUUGUGAUUGUCGAUUAA